UCUGCCUCCGCGUUGUCGCGGAGGAGGUGUGCCGACGUGACAACUACAGUAACAGAAGUUAUAAUGGCUAGUUAUAAAAGGACUGUUUUAAUGAAAUUGAACAGGAAUAUACUGUACUGAUGUACGUAUUUCAUACGUCAUGACCAGCCGAACGGAGGACGCGGAAGUCACCACGGCGCCCUGCAAGAGGCAGCGAGGCGUGGAUGCAGAGACCGAGGAAGUCCCGGAGCAGAGGAUGAGGACGGUGGAUGUGAGUCUGAUCAUGCCUGUGCACAACGCGGCGUGCUGGCUGGACGAGUGUCUCCAGGCCAUCAUACUGCAGGACUUCACUGGAGUGAUGGAGCUGUCCGUCUUUGAUGACGCCAGCACUGAUGAAUCUGUGAAGGUGGUGGAGGCAUGGAGGGCGAGACUGGAGGCCAGGGGCGUCUCUCUGGUGCUCUCCGGCCACAAGUCUCCACAACCGAAAGGAGUGGGAUUUGCAAAAAAUAAAGCCAUAAAUCAGAGCUCUGGGAAAUACCUUUGUUUUCAAGAUGCGGAUGACGUCAUGUUACCAGAGAGGGUUCGCCUUCAGUUUGAGGCCUCACUUCUCCAUCCAAGCUGCAUCGUCGGCUGCAGAGUGAGGCGAGUCCCUGAGGGAUCCACGGAGCGAUACACUCACUGGAUCAACUCUACUACUCAAGAUCAGCUCCUCACACAGGUGUACACAUCACACGGGCCCACCGUCAUCAUGCCCACAUGGUUCUGCUCCAGGGACUGGUUCCUGGAGGUUGGCUUGUUCGAUGAAGGAGGAAAGGGCGUUGCCGAGGAUUUGCUCUUCUUCUACCAAAGUCUUCGCCAAGGAGGAGGCGCGGUCAGAGUUGACCAGUGCUUACUAGUCUACCGGUACCACGAGAAAGCUGCGACACACUCUGUUACUGAGGAAACCAUUUGGAAUCUACGGGUGAACUUCUUGCAAGAACGAGUCAUCAGCCAAUGGCAGAGCUUCACGAUAUGGAAUGCUGGGAAACAGGGACGAAAGCUGUUCAGAUACUUGAACGGAGCAAACCAGAAGAAAGUGAAAGCUUUCUGUGACGUGGAUGAGAAAAAGAUCAAGAAAGGCUUCUACACAUAUGAAGACUCCAAGGAGAGACCAAAGCGCCGAGUCCCUAUUGUUUCUUACAAAGAUGCCUCUCCUCCCUUCAUCGUUUGUGUCAAACUGGACAUGACGGGGGGCAUUCUGGAGGAGAACAUUAACUCCUUGAAUUUGGUGGAGGGAGUCGACUACUACCAUUUCAACUGAGGGACUCGCCUCAGAGCGAGUGCCUCUCACCGUCUCUUCACACAUCUCUGCGGUGCAGCUCAACUACACACACAACUACUUCAAAUGUACAAAACUGAAUAAAA